CUAACAACUUACUGACAAAAUAGUUUAAUAAAAUACUAACGAAUUGAAAAUGUUUCAAACAAAUCCUAAUCCCGUAGCUAUUCCCACCGAGCCUGCUGUUGUGGUCAACAAUGUAGAAAAUAAAAAUAAAUAUUUCUGGUCUACAGUCUUCGUAAGUAACAUAUCUGCUUUUAUUACUGGAAUACAUUUGGCUUGGUUAGUGCCAAUCGUACCAAAAUUAACCAAUGAAUUAAGAUUAGCCGAGAAUCCCUUCGACAGAGUAGUAAAAACAAACGAGGUGGUUUGGAUAAGAUCCAGUUUUUUCUUGGGUGCGAUUCUAGGUCCCAUUGCAGCCGCAUUUACCAUAAACAAAAUUGGACGAAAAAACACCCUAAUUACUUGCGUCGCAGCUCCCUACUUUAUAUCGCUUGUAAUCCUAGCGUUUGCCAAAUUUGUGUUCCUCUAUUAUAUUGCGAGAUUUGUAGGGGGUUUCGGAUUGGGAAAUUUCUACACGACCUUCCCCAUAUAUCUCGGAGAGAUCUCCUUACAAUCCGUAAGGGGACGGGUCUUAUGUUUAAUAAAUUUCUUCGUGUGUUUAGGAAUACUGUUUGAUCUAAGUGUUUCGCCGUUCUUGGCUAUUUCCAUUUAUUCCACCCUCUGCUCAUUUAUUUGUGCAGCGUUCUUCAUUGCCUUCAUCAGUUUUCCAGACACUCCAUACUAUUACCUUGUCAUAGGGGACAUUUCGGGUGCCGAAAAAUCCUUGAUGAAAUUGCGAGGUCUUACCGCAACGGAAGUGGAAGUGGAACUUCGAACCAUUAUAAAUGAAAUUGAAAACGAAAGGCAAAAAGGCAAAACAAUUAAGCAACUUUUUCAAAGCAGACCGGUCAGGAAGUCAUUGGUCAUGACCCUGUGUUUAGUCGCUUUUCAACAACUAUCGGGUGUGGAAGUUGUACGGUUAAAUAUGUACAGUACAUUUACGACCAUUAACAGUAAAUUGUCGGAAACUACGUUUGGUAUUAUUACUGGUGGAAUUCAAGUAGUCGCUAGCACUAUACCUCCCCUUAUUGUGGACCGGUAUGGUCGAAAAUUACUUUUAUUUGUAUCGGGAAUGGGAAUAAUAGUGGGGAACGCUUUUUUGGGGAUUUACCAUUAUGCCAUUGAACAUGAUGUGUACGUUAUCAGAAGGUGGAUACCAAUUGCUAGUCUGACACUAUUUGAAUUUGCUUUCAAUUUGGGAUAUGGUCCUUUGCCGUGGACAAUCAUGGGAGAGGUUUUUUAUGCAACUAUAAGACCACUGGCUGCAAUGAUAACCACGAUGUUCUGUUACAUAAUUGGUUUUUCAGUUUCAUUUGUGACCCCAGUGUUGACCUCCGAAUUAGGGACGGGGAACACGUUUUGGAUAUUUUCCAUCUUUGGCUUUAUUGGAGCAUUUUUCACCGAGUUGUACAUGUUCGAAACGAAACAAAAAUCUUUGGGCGACAUCCAAGAUGAAUUAAACCAAUAACUUACAGUAUUAAAGUGUUGUUUUAAUAAAUGAUUAUAAUGU